AUCCAAACCAUCAUCACCAUCCACUCUUUUCAUCUCACUCAGAGUCAAGCAAUCAAUCAAUCAAUCCUCACCAUCAUGAUUCAAUCUCAUUCUAGACCUAUCAUCAAUCCUGGCUCAUCUAAUCUGCCUCCUAACAUGCUAUUCGACUUACUUGAAUCGGAAAGAGCUUAUGUUGCUGACCUCUUUGUUAUCAUCAAACGCAUCGCUGCGGCUUAUACUCCUCAAAACCUUCCUCCGCCUCACCACGAUCAUCACUUUCGACUCUGUGAAUCUAUCCUUCGUUUCAACAAAGGCUUACUUAACUCUCUUCUUGCUCUAGGUCCAAACCCUGACAAUCGAGACCCUAUUCAAGUCGCUCAUCUACUCGCUGGUUGGGCUCAAGACCUUGAACCAAUCUAUGGUCGUUAUUGUAGUCCGCAUGGAUGGGCCGGUGCCGGUGGAUGGACUAGGGAUCGCACAUCGAUGUCUAAUCCUCAACUUUGUGAAAUCCUUCUCAGCAUUCCUUGGCCAAACUCGCUUGCUCCUCCACCAGCGGACAUCUUUCCCGGCGUACCUUAUCACAUUGAUGAUAUUCGGACGACUGACAAUCGGGGUUUACAUCAUGCAACGCUUACCACCUUCUUCGCUCUACCUUUUGCACGUUUGGUUUACUAUCGUCGCUUCUACGAAAAAGCUUUGAACUCAUACCAGCCUGGUAGUCCGGAGCAUCGGCUCCUCUAUGAUGCAUCUGCCCGACUUUCUAAUCUCUUGGAUGCUGGAUGUCGUCAAUGGAAAGUAAACCCUAUUCCGCCCGAGUUUCAAGUCUCUCCCAUCAAGACACCCCCUACGCAUUUAUCGCCUAGCAAUAGCAGAGGAUCCGCGCCCGACACACGAAAAGCUCAUGUUCGUGUCAGUACAGAAACCACUGAUAGUCUCGGCGAUGGCGUUCCUUCGAGCUUCGUUAGCGCUAGAGAUGACUUGUCUGACGGCUCAAACCCCAGUACCUCCAUGUCUUCUCCCAAUGGAUCAUCAGAAGAACAGGCAGCGCUAGGACGACGUAUGAUUGAGAUCAAGCCAGGUAUAUAUGUUCAGCAAGCAAUCCUCGAUCUAGAACGGACUCUUGACACCAGUCGCUGCCUCGACAUUUUCACAAUGGCUCCUAAGCCAUGUCAACUUCACAUGGCACCUGCCAAUCUAUCUUUCUCCCGCUCCAUCCGGCUUGCUGGCGAUGCCUCUUUCUUUUUUUGUCCCAAGUCUGAUCCAACAGUUCAAAUGACUACGACUUAUGGCCGACUCGUCCUCCUGACUGAUCUUUUAAUCUUUUGCGAAUCUAUGACUGGCUCAAAGGCGCCAGGUGGAGCUGAUAUGUGGCUGAUGUAUCCUCCUCUGGCCGGGAAACAUCUGAGGAUCUCUCAUGCUGAGCAAGACGAGCGUCAGUUUCAAGUCACGAUCAUGCGUAAGGAGACUAUCUUUGUUACGGUCUCUAGUAGAGCUGAGCGAGACCGCUGGAUGCAGGUAUUGAAGGAAGCCAUUGAUCACGGGGGUAGUCGACCCGGCUCAGAGACGUCUAAGAAGGCUAGUCCACCCAAGCUCAAAGCCAACACCCAAAAUCUUCAUCAAAAACACUCUGCUCCACCUAGUCCCGCUCCUUCAAUUUCAGCCCAUCAUUCUAAUUCUCAGCCGGUUCCCAGAGGUGCUCCACGACUGACGCCUGCAAGCAGUCAACGUCAUACACCAAUCGAAGACCUCUCAAGACAGCCAAGUCCCGAUAAUCGGUCUCCUGCUUCUCCGGCAUUUAUCAUCUCACCUUCUCCUACGGUCGGCCCUUCUUCAGACUAUGUCGGACGAGGAUUGUCAGCUUUGCCUGAUGUUCAAUCUAAUGACCGACAGCACUUGCCCGCACGCCAGGUGUCACUUCCAGAGCAGGCUCGACAUGGGCCACGACCGUUUCCAGUGCCUCAAUCACCACCAUCAGCCUCAUCCCUAGAUCAGCGAACAGUGCCUAUGGGAUUGCCCAUGCAUCCUACAAGCAACCGACCACCUCGUCUUGGCUCUACCGAGAAGAUGCAAGGCGGCGAUUUUCCUCAGCGACAGUCGCCGUCUGGCGAGAACAUUCCAAGCUCACCAGUACCGAUGAAUGUCGGUAUGGCCUCUUCGCAUGCUCGAGGUUGGCAGCUCACUGAUGAGCCUAGGCUAGAGCCGCCCGGCUCACCCCGGCAUGACACAGAAAGCGAACGUCGUCCCUCCAACCGGUCACUUCCUGGCCUCUCAACUAAGCCGUCGCCACCAGCCUCAGUUCAUGAAGCACGUUCUGCAUCUCCUAGAGCACUACGGAAGGCCCCAUCGGCACAUUCUCUUGGGCAUCAUUAUCCAUCAGGCGGUGAUCCCCGAUAUCCUUCCAACCAUCCUCCACUUCCAGGACCCCCUCGCCCAAGUGGUCCCCCGAUACGCCUUGAUACAACACGAGAGGGCAUACUCCUCAGCCCUCAUGCGUUCACUGGGAUGGAUAUCAGGAGACCGUCGUCCACAGAACCUUAUUCAAGGGACCGACAGUAUCGAUCACCAUCGUCAAUGACCAACAAUCGCUCACAAUCACCGUCUUCUGCAUCCAUUCUCCCUUCACAACGUAGUUCCCAACUCAGUAAUCCAUCUAGUGCCCAAUGGAGUAGCCCUAAUUUCCCGGCACAAGACGAUGAUUUUGACGAUGACGAUGAUGAUGAAAAAGCGAGAGCUGUGCCGACUCAAUCAGUACUUGCAGCCACUAUGAGAACCAAGGUGUUUUUGAAACAAGCUCACGGCCAAUGGAAAGCAUUAGGAACAGCCAAAUUAAUGGUUUAUGUUCAAACGCCGGGCAAUUCAAAACAAUUGGUUGUAGAGAAGGAAGAAAAGGGAGGAAAGACGAUGAUCUCUACGAUGGUCUUAACAGAUGGAGUUGAAAGGGUUGGAAGGACUGGAGUAGCAGUUGAUUUGAGUGAUAAUGGAAGACGUACUGGUAUUGUUUAUAUGUUACAGCUUAAGAGUGAGAAAUCUGCUAUUGGACUGUUUGAACAAUUAUUAGAAGGAUCUGAUAGAAGACCUGUUAGAUGAAGAAUGGGGAAAGGAAAAGGCAAAGAGAAGACAGAAGAAGUCAUUUUUCGAUAUUAAUCUAUUACAUCACUUAAUGAGAUUUUUUUUUUGUUUUUUUGUUUUUGUUUUUUCAAAAUAAAGCAACUCUUAUAUUUUUUUCUACCUUUUUUUUUUGAAAUUAUUAUCUUCUUUUUUUAUAUAUAUAAUUUAUAUAAACCUUGUGUUGAAAAGGUUUUUUUUUCUUCGUUGAUCAUUUUGGACUUUUUUGAAUUUGAAUUUGAGGGUUUUUUUUUUCUGUUUCAAAGAGAAUAAAAAUUUAAUUUAAUGUGAAGAAAUUGAGAGUUUAUUUUUUUUUUGGU